AUGGUCGGCUUCACCUCCUCUGCGCCCAAGGCCGUCGAUGCCGAACUCAAGCCCCCGGCCUCGAUGGGCGGCGGCGCCAACAUGGCCGGAGUCGCCUCCGAAGCCGCCGCCGCGACCGAGGCCGAGCACAACAUGGGUCUCCUGCAGUCUAUCAAGCUGUACCCCAAGGCCGUCGCGUGGUCCAUCUUCUUCAGCACCUGCGUCGUCAUGGAGGGCUUCGACAAGACCCUGCUCAACAACCUCUACGCCUACCCUGUCUUCCAGAAGAAGUUCGGCGAGCUCCAGCCCGACGGCACGUACCAGCUCACCUCGGCCUGGCAGUCCGGCCUCAGCAACGGCGCGCUGGUCGGCGAGAUCUCGGGCCUGUUCAUCAACGGUAUCAUUGCUGAGCGGUUCGGCUACCGCAAGACCAUGAUCGGUGGUCUGCUUGGCGUGACGGCUUUCGUCUUCAUCAUCUUCUUUGCGCAGUCGCUGCCUCAGCUUCUGGUGGGAGAGAUUCUUAUUGGUGUGCCGUGGGGUAUUUUCCAGACCAUCACCGUCACUUAUGCUUCUGAAGUUUGCCCCACUCAUCUGAGAGCUUACUUGACUACCUACGUGAACCUCUGCUGGGUCAUGGGCCAACUGAUUGCCAGUGGUGUUCUUCGUGCCAUGGUCGAACGAACCGACGAAUGGGGCUACCGCAUCCCUUUUGCGCUGCAAUGGAUGUGGCCCAUUCCCCUCAUCACUGGCAUCUUCUUCGCACCCGAGUCGCCCUGGUGGCUCGUCCGCAAGGAGCGCCACGAGGAUGCCAAGGCAGCUCUUCUCCGCCUUACCUCCCGCAACUCGCAGCAAGACUUCAACCCCGACGAGACCAUCUCCAUGAUGGUGCACACCAACGAGAUGGAAAAGGCAGUCCAGGCCGGCACCACCUACGCCGACUGCUUCAAGGGCGUCGACCUCCGCCGUACCGAAAUCGUCUGCGGCACCUGGACCGUCCAGACGCUCUGCGGCGCCACCUUCAUGGGCUUCUCCACGUACUUCUUCCAGCAAGCCGGCAUGGCCGUCGAGAACUCAUUCAGCAUGUCCCUAGGCCAGUACGCCAUCGGCGCCGUCGGCACCAUCCUUUCGUGGGUCCUGAUGAAGCACUUCGGCCGUCGCACGCUCUACCUCGGCGGCCAGCUCGCCAUGACCGUCAUCCUCGCGACCAUCGGCUUCGCUUCCCUCGCAGGGCGCUCCAACAUCGGCGCGCAGUGGGCCAUCGGCAGCCUCCUGCUCGUGUACACCUUCUUCUACGACUGCACCGUCGGCCCCGUCUGCUACUCUCUCGUCGCGGAGUUAAGCUCCACGCGUCUCAAGACCAAGACGGUCGUCCUCGCGCGCAACCUCUACAACGUCACGGGUAUCGUCACCAACAUCCUCACGCCCAACAUGCUGAACCCCUCGGCGUGGAACUGGGGCGCCAAGAGUGGCUUCUUCUGGGCUGCCAGCUGCUUCCUGUGCUUCGUGUGGUCGUACUUCCGCCUGCCGGAGCCGCGCGGCAGGACGUAUGCCGAACUGGAUAUCCUGUUUGAGCAGCGCGUGUCGGCGAGGAAGUUCAGCAAGACGCAGCGGCUCCCUCCUCAGUCGACGGCCCCUCUCCCCUCACAACACCAGAUGCGACGGGUCAAUGUAGGCCACAACGUCUUCCGAUGGCGUCGUCCGGCCAGAGGCUUCGCCUUCACGCCGGGUCGAAACAGGAUUCUCCAUCCAGCCUUUGCUCGGCGCCCUGAGGCAUGGGCGGAACCGGAGCCGCAGCGCGUGCAGCGCGUUGGAACGCCGUUGCCCAAGGUCGAGCAGAAGGUGGUGACCGAGGAGCCCGAGAAGAAGGAGCUCACGAAGGAACAACUCCUGCAGUUCAUGGCACACCAUGAAGCCCGAGCCCAAGAAGCCAAGCGAAGGCAGAAGGCUCGUAGAACCAAGGCCAAGGUGACUUGGGUGGCCGCCCGACGGAAUGCUCCUGCCUGGGCCACGAGGCGCUUCGAGAUCAGACAAUGGGGAGCCGAGGUUUUCCGUGCUAAAAUGAUGGCCAGAGAAGAAGCACUGGCAAUAGCCGCGCCGGAUGUAUGGAAGGAAGCCGCGGAAGCACGGCAGGAGAUCUCCAAGCAAGACGUCCGGAAGGCUGCUAGGGAAGCGGCGAGGAAAGCGGCGAGGAAAGCCUCCAGUCGAGCGGCACAGAAAGCCCGUCAGGACCGCAAGGAACGCAGGGCUCGCAAUGAACUUCGCAAUGAACUCAGGGCACGCAGGAAACUCAUUGCAGCCACAGGGGCGAGGCCACCAGUCAGCAAUCGGAUCAGAGCAGGGCAUGUGAAGACGGCCCCCGAAGAUAUUCGUCGAAGGAAUAGCAUUAGGACCUGGAAAGACAUCGUUGGUGCAGACAUUGAAGCCGAGAACCCACGUCGUGCGCCUCUGUUCAGUCCGCCGCCUACGCCGCCUACAGUGCCUCCUGAUGGCCUGCAGACUCGGCAACCAAAAGUGGUAAAGAAUAACAGCCUCUUGACGCAGAUGCUUCUGGCUGCCCGUUACAUGGCCCGCUACCAGGGAAAGCGCAUAUCGUUGGACGACGUGGACAUAAUAGCGACCAGGAGUGUCCUGGACUACCUUAUUUUCUUUUGUACCAACGCCGAAUCGAGACUCGUCCGCCUCAAUCUGUACAUGGUAGGCCGCUCACUGCAUGUGAUGCGGCCUCCCACAGAGGGUACAGACAGCGCAGCUGUACCCAUUGCCGGUUUUGGCAGGAACUACGAAAAGGCCGUGACGGUACUCCCGCCCAGCCUACAAGACUCCCCUGACCACUUGCGUAACAUCAAGUACAAAAUUGGCGACGUUACCUGCCUGGUUCAGACCCAGGUUGAUGCUUAUUGCGGCGAGGACGCGGGUUAUCUGGGCAAGACGACCUACAAGAAGACUUAUGAUAAUGGCGACACCGUUAUUGAAACGGCGAGUGCGGGAUACGCAGAACCGCCGCGAGACGGCAUGGCCGAGAUCAAGACUCAAUCGCGUUUUAAACCAGAAGAAGAGCAGAAGCAGAGGCAGGCAGAGGACUUCCGACAGGCCUGGCUUGGCCGCGUGACACACAUGAUCAACGCCCGCCAAAUCUACGGUGUAUUCGAAGAAGCAGAGGAGCCGACCGCGCCAGAUGAGCUGAUCUCGGAGUUCUGGGCUGGAAAGAAACCCCCCCGAGCCACCCCUGAGGCCUGGAAAGAGAAGCAGCGGGCUCGCCGCCGACAGAUAUCUACCGGGCUCAAUAACGAUAAGCGAACGUUGGCUUUGCGGAAGAAGCUGAAGAUGAUCCAUCAAACGUUUCGGAAGUAUGUCUCUAGCCCGAAAGAAGUAUCGGCUGCUCCGGCAGACCACGGGAAACCAGCUAUUGCCCAAACUCGCCAGUCCAAACCCACCACCGACACGUCAAAAACGGAUGCGGACAAGAAGUCGGGGAUUGUCGGGGCCAAGAAAGUACCACAGUCUCAACAGAACGGAAAGACGGCCCCAAAGAAGACGAAACCGACGCCAGCCAACGGACCGGCCGGCGGGCAGAUGAAUGCGGUGACAAGGACGUCCGGAAAGGCUAAAAGGCCAUCCGUCCCGAUUAAGGCGGAUUGGGGGCAGCGCAACGUCGCCUUGGCUGAGAAGAAGACUCGACAGGCUGAUGCGGCCAAGAUGGCUAAGGCCAAGCCCGCAGCCCGGGCGUUCAAGCCGCAGGCACCGAGGCCGAAACCAGCGGCGGACGACGGCUGGGGAGCCGCCUUCGGUCCGGUCCCGGGGGCCGGCCCCAGGCGCUGA